AUGGCAUACGUCGCAGAAUAUCCUCGUCCUCCUAAAUACUCUUCUUAUUCCUCUAACGAUGUGAAAUUAAAAGGAACUUAUGGCAAAGCUUUUUUAAACAAAAUCAUUAGUCAAAUUAAGGAAAGUGGCUUAAAGAAGAAGUUAAAAGCCAAACUUUCUAAAUUUACUGAUGAUAAAACUCAAUACUACGAUGACCCACAAAAUGAUGACUUUUUUGAUCAACCACCUCCUUAUGACCAGAACUAUAAUAAAGACCAUACACCAGUUACG